AUGGGCUUCCCUUACAAAACUGUACUCCUCGUCGGCGCCACUUCCGGCAUCGGAGCUGGCCUCGCCGACAGACUUGUUCAAGAGGGCGCUAAAGUCAUCGCCGUCGGGCGUCGCCAGGACCGACUCGACAACUUCGUCCAGAAGCACGGCGCCGAGAGGUCCGCCGCCAUCAAGUACGACGUCACCGAUAUAAACGGCCUCGACGCCUUUGUCCAACGUGUUGUCAAGGAACACCCGGGCCUCGACUGUGUCUUUCUCAACUCAGGAGUACAGAGCAUGAUUCGCCUCUCACAGCCUGGCAACGUUGACCUCGGCGCGUUUCACCGUGAGAUCAACACAAACUUCACCUCGGUCGUUAACCUGGCCCUCAAGUUCAGCGCCGUGCUGCUCGAGAAGCAAGAGCCCACCGCGCUCAUUGUCACCGGCACGCACCUCUCCAUUGUGCCGUCGGUGGCCAUGCCGGCGUACUCGUGCUCCAAGGCCGCGCUACACGCCUUCGUGGACUGCCUCCGCCGCCAGAACCAGGGCAAGAGCUGCCGCUUUAUUGAGAUCAACGCCCCGGCUGUGCAAACCGAGCUCCACGACUACAUGGGCGAGCGCGGCCGCUCCUUUGGCAUGCCGCUCGCUGACUUUGUCGACCAAGUCUACCCCCAGCUGGAGAGAUCGGAGGAGCAUACCUCGGUUGGCAUUCCGCUCGGUAUAUCUGAAGAUGACUACAAGAGUUUUGUUGGAACUAGACAAAGAAUGUUUAAUCAGCUCUCGGAUGUCAUCAUGGCAAAUAUGCAGCUUUAA